AUGAGUGAUACCUUCAUAGAUCAUACAAAUGAUGAUGAUGAUGAUUUCCAUAGAGCUGGAUCUUCUUCCAAUAAUGCAAACAGGCGGUUGAGUGGUACAUCAAGACGAAAGUCCACAAAAAGGCCGUUUUCAUUCAAACGAUCAUCAAUUUUAAGUAUUCAUUCUGCCGCUAAACAUGAGGAUUCAAUAACAGAACCUGAAGUGGAGAAUACUACCCAACCUAAUGUAGAGAACAACGAUACAUUUGUGACAAAGUCCCUCUUGGAUGAUGCCGCUGGUGAACAAGAUUUCAAUGCUAUCAAAGAAAGUUUAAAAAUUGCUCUAGGUACGGAAUCCGGAGAUUCUAACUGGUUUCCUAUGCACAAUAAUAAUGAUUUAAAGGUCCACCAACCAAGGAAAAAGCCACCUCCAAUGAAUAUUCCUACUUUGCAUAUCGACACAUCUAAUCAAACCCAUUCGCCAGUGAUAAGAACACCUCGACCUACACAUUUAAAUCCCUUUGAUAUGUUCAACGAUUCAUCAUCUAACCUCCAACCAGCAUCACCUUCACUCAGAAAUAAUAAAGACAUAGAGUCAGGAUUAUUGACUCCAACAUUUGCAUUGAAUGACGAGGCCAUUCAUGGUAGCCCGGGGAAAUUCACAAAUUUAAUUACCAGGGUGUCUGAUCGUAUUGCAGGUACAGGUACAUCAGCCGAACUCACAUCACGUAAGUCUCCGUCUUUAAGAGACGAUCAUAGUGUUAAAUCAACGUUCUCAUCCCAAAAUCACCUGUCUACCAGUGUGAAUUUAAAUCCUUCGUUGAAUACUCAAGAUUCGAGGGAUGGUUCCAGUUUAGCCCAUUCAGUGGAAGAAUUUCAAGACGAUCACAGAGAUGUAUUUGAUUUGGAAACCGAGUCUUUCCAAUAUAGUAACCAAGAUCAUAGUAUACUGAGGAAUUUAAGUCAUGAUCCAUUCCGUAAUACCAAUGAAGAUUUGAAUGAUGCCAUAGGUUUACAAGAUACAGAACCUCCAGGGUUAGGCUUACAUCAUUCAAGAUUUCCCACUACCAACUCGGUGGCAUUCGAAAAUGUCCCCUUCACCAACAAAGUCUUACCCCAAACCAAGAUAUCCCAAAUUUGGCAAUCUGAUAAAUCUUCAAUGUAUCUUUUUGGUAAUACUUUGAAGUUCUUUUCACCCCAAAAUAAGUUCAGACUAUCUUGUCAUCACUGGGUGUCUAAUAAGUUGAAUAACACCUUCUUUCUUUCAUUAUUAAUUUUACAAACCAGUUUAUUGAGUUUAAGACAAUGGAAUCCUGCUCAUUUACAUGGAUAUGUUGAACAUGGGAAUAAUUGGGCCGAUUACAUUUUGUGUAUCAUCAAUGUUGUUUAUACCUUAGAAAUGGCAGCCAAAAUCAUUGCAUAUGGAUUUUAUGAUGAUCGAAUAAUGUUUGAAGAGUUAAAUUUACCUUAUCCUGAAAAUCCUGUGAAAGGGAAAUUAUUAAAAGGUACAUGGUUUGAAGCCAUAAAAGAACAUUUCGCCAUUCUUCUUACUAAGACGACGAAAUUCAAUCAAGAUUCAUCAAGACCUUCAUACAAUAAAACGGAUUUAAAUGAAGUGUACACCGAAGAAAUCGAGCUUGAAGAUCAAACUCCCGAAUCCGAAAGAAACGAAGACAGAUCAAAGCAUGAAGCUGAUUAUAGUAAUGUUAUAUCAUCAAAAUAUGAUUUAAGUUCCCAUCAUCAACCAAGUGAGAAUUUGAAUACAACUUUCACUGCCCCACCAGUUGGAAGAUUGAAACCCGCAAACACCCUUCUCAAAAAUGACAGACCUGUAAUAGAUAUAGAAUCUUUACAUUUGAGAAGAGCUUAUAUUAGGAAUAGUUGGCAUAGAAUUGAUUUCGUGUCGAUAGUUUGUUUUUGGAUUUCACUUUUGGUUUCCAUUAGACGUUAUGAUGCUAAGCAUAAUUUGUUAAUUUUCAGAGCUUUAAGUUGUCUUAGAAUCUUACGUCUUUGUAAUCUUACUAGAGGAACAUCUUUAAUCUUGAAAGCUUUAAAGAAUUCUAUUCCUGAAUUAGUAGAUGUUAUAAUUUUCAUUGGAUGUUUUGGAUUAUUCUUCGGUAUCGUUGGUGUCCAGUCGUUCAAAUCGUCUUUAAGAAGACAUUGUGUUUGGUAUAAUCCAGAUGAUUCAUCAGAUACGUUUGUUAACACUGAUAGUUUCUGUGGUUCUUAUCUAGAUGUCAAUGGCCACGCACGACCCUAUAUUCUAUCUAAUGGGGAACAUUCGAGUAGUAUCAAGGGAUUUAGGUGUCCAGUUUACUCACGUUGUGAAACUUUGGACAAUCCUAGCGAGGGAACUGUUCAUUUCGACAAUAUCUUCAACUCCCUUGAACAAGUUUUCGUUAUAAUGAGUGCCAACACUUUCACAGAUAUCUUAUACAUGACCUUAGAUACUGAUACUUUAGCAGCAGCGUUAUAUUUUGUCUUUGGAAUGCUUAUAAUGACUGUUUGGUUAUUGAAUGUUUUCAUUGCUAUUGUUGUUAGUACUUUCAAUAUGACUCGACUGGAUGAUAAUAAAGACGACCAAGAAGAUGGUUUGUUGGGUGCUACAACUACUCCGGUAUCAAUGCAUAAAGAAUUGAUCGAAAAGUUAAAGAAGCAAAAUAUAGCUUUGGGUAUUUAUUAUCGUCUUGAGUUCAUUUUCCCCAUUGUAGUGGUAUGUGAUUUAGUAGCUCAAUGUUUCAGAUCUUAUGGUAUGUCACCUGUUUUGGCCCAUACGUUAUAUCGAUUAGAAGCUUCGUUUACAGGGAUCUUUUUCAUUGAAAUAAUCUUAAGAUUCUUCUUAUACCUACCAAAUUGGAGACUAUUCUUCAAGUUAAAGAGAAACAACUUUGACUUGUUUUUAGCUGUUAUAACUACAAUCAUCAUCAUCGGUCCUAUCAAAAACAAAUUGGGCCAUGCUUAUUACUGGUUAACAAUAUUCCAAAUCAUGAGAGGUUAUAGAGUGGUAUUGUUAUUUUCAUUCACCAGUGAAUUAUGGUUGAAAAUAAUGGGUAAUAUAGGACAAUUACUUGAUUUGAGUUUGUUCUAUUUCCUUUUGACUAUGUUGACAAGUAUCAUAUAUUCCCGAUUCUUCGAAGGUGUAAUAACAGCCGAAAUGGCGGAUGAAGAUGAUGACAUUACCUUUGAUUUCCAGUCCUUGCCUAAUACAUUUGCAGGUUUGUAUACCAUCACGUCUACGGAAAAUUGGACAGACAUUUUAUACGCUUUACAAGGUUAUCAAACCAGUGCCAGUGCUCGUGUAUUUGCAGCUAUAUUCUUAAUCGGUUGGUUUUUGAUCUCUAAUAUGGUUAUCUUGAAUAUUUUCAUUGCUGUGAUUGCCAGUACCUUAAACGUUCCUGAAGCCGAGAAGAAGAGGAAACAGUUAUUACAAUUCAUAGAGAACAUUACUGUCAGUAUCCAACAUGUUGAUAAUGAAAGUGGAGCUCUUUCAAAGUACAAGAAUCGAUUUUUCAAGAGGAAAGGUAUGGCUGAAGAAUUACAAAUGGCGGUGGUUAAUUUAUUAUUGAGUGGUACAGCGGUGAAUAAUUUCUUAGACGAUCAUGAUGUUAAUGAUGUGGAUGAUGAAGAAGUUCAAGAAUUACAUCAUAACAAAUUCGUCAGAUUCUUUGUCGUCCAUUUUAAGAGGUUCAGAAACUAUUUUGAUGACCCUUUCAAGAUUACCAAACCCAAAGUGGCCCAAAUUUCAAGUUUUGAUCCUACGACUUAUGCUAAGAACAUUUUGAAUGAGAGAAAUGUUUUGAUCACUAAACAAAAUCAAUACUUACGAGACAACCCCACGUACAACAAGGUAUUCUAUGUUAUGGGACCUCGUCAUAAGAUCAGAAGAUUUUGUCAAAGAAUUGUUAAUUCAAGUUACGGUGAAAGAAUUGAUGGGGUGGAACCUUACAAAAGAGUGUCGGAAAUAUUCACCGUUGUGAUGCUUAUAUCCACCGUUGCGUUGGUGGUAACUGCUUGUUACUUGACACCAUUAUAUAGAUCGAGUAUUGCCACAUCUAGGGAAUCUGAGGAUUGGACUUUCUGGUUGGAAAUUCUAUGGCUUUGUAUCUUUUCAGGAGAAUUCACCAUUAGAAUUUUUGCAGACGGAUUGAUUUAUACACCCAAUGCUUAUGCCAGAUCUUCAUGGAAUUUGAUUGAUUUUGUAGUGUUAUGUUCAUUAUGGAUCCAAUUUACUGCUUAUGUCACUAGUAAUGGAGAUCUUUCAAGAUUUGUUAGAGGGUUCAAAGCUUUGAGAGCCUUGAGAAUUUUAACAAUCAGUGAAACUGCUAAGAAUAAUUUCCAUAACACCAUAAUCUCUGGAAUAGGUAAGAUUUUUAGUGCUGCUAUAUUAUCGCUUUGUUUAUUGAUCCCUUUCUCCAUUUGGGGUUUGAAUAUUUUCAAUGGUAGAUUGGGUGUUUGUACUGACGGAACAUCGGAUUUAGCUUCUUGCUUGAAUGAAUAUAAUCCUGAGGUAUUUGACUGGGAAGUGAUGAGUCCUAAUGUGUAUGCUAACCCCUUGCUUCAUUUUGAUUACUUUGCCAAAUCAUUCUCCACAUUAUUCGAAAUCACUUCAUUAGAAGGGUGGGUUGAUUUGCUUUUGAACCUUAUGCAAAGUACCGGGAUUGGAACUGUUCCUGUACCUUUUGCUACUCCAAUCAAUGGAUUUUUCAUGAUCUUGUACAAUUUCAUCGGAAUUGUCUUCAUUUUAACAUUAUUCAUUUCUGUUAUCAUCCACAAUUAUUCCUUAUCAUCGGGUAGAGCUUAUAUGACAACAGAUCAAAGAAGUUGGUAUCACGUUAAGAACUUCCUCUUACAAGUGAGACCUUCUAAAAGAGAAAAUGCUGAUCAAUUAGGCCCAAUUAGGAGAUUUUGUUAUAGAAUGACGGUGGAGAAACAUAAAGGAUGGAAUGCUUUAUUGAAUGUGGUAUUGUUUGCUCAUGUUAUUGCUUUGUUAUUAGAAAAAUACCCUUCAAGUGUUGGAUUGAAUGCUUUCACCACCACCAUUUAUUUAAUGGCUUCAGGGUUAUUCACUUUAAAUGCGAUUAUGUUACUUAUCUCCCAAGGGUUAAAGAAUUUCAUCAGAUAUAGAUGGAAUGUUUUCAAUAUGGUGGUAUCAGUGGGAGCUUUAAUCACUACAAUCAUUGGAUUUGCCGUUAGUGAAGAAAGUGCUUUCACUAACAUUAAUAAGUUAUUCUUGGUCGGAACACUACUUUUUGUUAUACCAAGAAGUGAUAGAUUAAGUCAAUUCUUGAGAUUUGCUUCUGCUAGUGUUCCUAACUUGAUUUCAUUACUUUUUACCUGGUUGGUAUUGUUUUUAGUGUUUGCCAUUGCUAUGAACCAAGUUUUUGGUACCACUAAGAUCGGAGCCAAUGGUUCAGGGAAUCUCAAUGUUAGAACUGUUCCCAAAGCUCUUAUUCUAUUGUUUAAAUGUUCAUUCGGUGAAGGUUGGAAUUAUGUUAUGGACGAUUUCAAAAUUGCAGAGCCUUACUGUUCAACCAAACCUAAUUCUACUGAGACUGAUUGUGGUAAUAAACAAUAUGCAUUCAUCUUGUUUUAUGCUUGGAACAUUGUUUCCAUGUAUAUUUUCUUGAAUAUGUUUAUUUCAUUAAUUUUGGAUGGUUUCAGUUACAUUACCAAUAAGGGUGAUUAUUCAAGAUUGGUAGAAAGAAGGGAAAUUAGAAAAUUUAAAAGAACAUGGCAAGAAUUUGAUCCUGAAGGAACCGGUUUUAUACCACCAAAAGAAUUACCUAAAUUGUUAAGGUCUUUGGAUGGUGAGUUAUCAUUCCACUUCUACCAUGGAUCUUUAGAGAUUCCUCUUCUUUGUCAUAAAUGGAUCAAAAGAUUAAGCAAUGAUCCGUAUGAUAUUCAAGUUAAUUAUGAUGAGAUCGAAAAGUCUUAUGAAGAAUGGGAUAUCGAUAAAAUCAGAGAAAGAAGGAAAAGUUAUGAAACUUUUAUUGAAGAAGCUAUCUUGAAUAUGGAGUUGAACAGGGAACCAGGUAUUUCUUUCAGAAGAGUCUUAUUGCAAUUACCUUUAUAUAAAACUUUCAAUGCCGGAACAUGUUUGAAUUUGAUAGAUUAUCUUGAAAGAACAUUGUUAUUACAGAAGGUGGAGAAAAGAAUGCAUCAAAAUAGAGUCUAUGAAACUAUUACCGCAUAUGUCAUUAGAUGGAAAUAUUUACAAGAUAAGAAAUUGGGUGUUAAAAGUGCUAAUUUGAAUUUGGAUAAAGCCUUGAAGAGAAGAAGUUAUUUGUCAGGGGAGAGAUCACCUAUGGAACAACCUUAUUUGGAUGAUCAAUUCGAAAAGAAUUUUGGAACUCAAGAAGACUUUAGCUUGUAUAAGGAUAAUUUCGAGGAUACAGUACCAGUGGGUGCUUCAUCGGGUUUAUUUUCUGAUAGUGAUGAUGAUCAACAUUUGACUAAGAGUGGAGUCUAUGUUCCUAGGUCUCCUCUUGAAGUCAAGAAGAAAAAUGAUAGACCACUUUCACGACCACCGAAAUUCUUCAUUUCAGUUCCUCAAGGAACGAAUGAGGAAGAGUCUACGAAAUCUACAGAUUCCCUAGUGGAAAUCAGUGAAAUAGGAGAAACUUUGAAAGAUUCUCCUUGGGGUGAUACCUUAAAGGACAUUAACCAUAGAGAUAAAAAUCAUUGA